UGGGGGAAACAUUGCCUGGUGCUCAGGAUCAUGACUGUGCAAGUCACAGUUGCAGGUAGACAGAGGAUAGAGCAGCAGUCCUACGAAUAAGCGGAUUCUUUGAUUAUGAGGGGUUUUGUUGACAGCAUAGCUUUUCUAGGUCAGUGGGGACGGUUCCAGCAGGUUGUCUUCUUCCUCCUGUGCGCCAGCAUUGUGCCCAAUGGAUUUGGAGCUUUCACCCUCGUUUUCCUGACUGAUAUACCGAGCCACCACUGCCUUGUUCCUGAAUCCAACCUUACUGAAGAUUGGCGUAACAACGUCAUACCAGUAAAGGUGGUGAAUGGGAAACAGGAGCUGAGCAGUUGCAGCAGGUACAAGCUAGAUGUGGUCCGAAAUCUCUCUGCUCAGGGAUUCAUCCCUGGCAGGGACGUCAACCUCACUGACCUGGAGCAGGAGGGCUGUGUGGACGGUUGGAGCUACAGCAAAGACAUCUACAAAUCCACCAUUGUCACUGAGUUUGACCUGGUGUGCAGUGAGCAGUGGAAGCAGCCGUUCACCUCCACAGUUUUCUUCAUUGGAGUUCUUCUUGGAUCCUUCUUCUCAGGACAGCUCUCAGACAAAUUCGGAAGAAAACCUGUUCUUUUUGCAACCAUGGCAGUUCAGACAGUUUUUACCUUUAUUCAAGUCUUCUCUACUUCAUGGAUUAUGUUCACUGUCCUCCUCUUCAUCAAUGGUUUGGGCCAGAUAUCCAACUUUGUAGCUGCCUUAGUGCUGGGCGCUGAGAUCUUGACUGGCCAUGUGCGAGUCCUUUACUCAUCUAUGGGCUCAUCUCUGGGCUUUGCCAUUGGCUACAUGCUGCUGCCUCUCUUUGCUUACUUUUUAAGGGACUGGAGAUCUCUCCUGUUGGCUUUGUCUUUGCCUGGCCUGGUCUACAUCCCCCUCUGGUGGCUCAUCCCAGAGUCCCCUCGGUGGCUACUCUCCCAGGGAAAAGUGGAAGAGGCUGAGGCCAUAAUAAGAAAAGCAGCUAAGUGGAACAAAGUUCAGGCUCCGAGGGUCAUCUUUCAAGAUAACGAUGUUGACAAGACAGAGAUACACUCUAAACAACGCCUUAGUGCCAUUGACCUGUAUAGGACCAGCAGCAUCAGAACCACAACCCUUAUUCUCGGCUUUGUAUCGUUCACUGUGACUGCUGGUUACUAUGCCCUGUCUUUCAACACUCCCCAACUCCAUGCUGACCCCUACAUCAGCUGCUUCAUUUCAGCAGCUGUGGAGGUCCCAGCAUACAUUUCCAGCUGGCUGGCUCUGCGAUACCUUCCGCGAAGGCUGUCUGUCAUCAUUACCUUGCUCCUUGGAGCAGUGCCACUAUACCUCAUUCAACUGGUGCCUGAAAGUCUAUCAAAUCUGUCGCUUGCACUGGAGAUGUUGGGUAAAUAUGGUAUUACCACCGGUAUAGCUCUGAUGUUUGCCUACACUGCAGAGCUUUACCCAACAGUGCUCAGGAACACAGCGACAGGGAUAUACACUACUGUUUCCAGACUGGGAAGCUGCGUUGCACCAUUUUUGUUAAAACUGAGAAUGUACCUGUUGUAUCUUCCUUACAUUAUACUGGGGACUCUGGCUAUUAUGUCUGCCGUUGCUGCUCUCUUCCUUCCAGAGACUUUUGGAAGACCUCUACCUGAAACUAUACAAGAGAUGCAAAAAAGAGAGAGGAUAAAGUGUCCAUGCAUCUCUGGAAAAGAAACCCCAGUGCCCGUGUCACUCUUGGACAGUCCACUGUGAUUAUCUAGAACAUUACUGAUGGAGGUGAUAUGCUGAUAUUACUGUUGGGUAUCAUUACUGCUGUUUACAUUUCUUUAUUUUUAUCUUAUUUAGGGGUUGUUUUUUUUUAAAGUUUUUAAGCUAUUCAUUAAACUUGAACCCAUAGUUUUUACUUGUAAUGCAAUUGAAAACAUUAAUGUUCUCUUUUCUAAGACAUUAGAAUAUUAAAUUGAAAUGUAAGACUUAAAUGGUGAAGUGGACUUCUCAAGGAUUUUUUUUAUCUUGCUCUGUUUUUGUAUCACUUUUACAUUUGUUUAUACGUGUAUGUGUUAUGGUGAAGAUGGAUACAAAAUAUUCACUAAAACCAAU